AUGCCUGUGGUGAGGCUUGGCUCUGUCCCCAGUACAACCCACCCUCCUGUAACCAGGGUAUCCGGCGAUGGAUCUUUCAUCGCUCGAGUCCCGAGAAAUUCCGAAAGGCAUUGGUACGAGACCACGGCACUCUUGUGUGUUUCGGGCAACUCAUUCAUCCAGCUUCUCGCGUCUCCUUCCACUUUCACCACUCAGUUUCUCAAACCCUUUUCCCAUACCCUUGGAUUUUCUCCUGGAGGUCGUUACGUCGGCGUUUACGACAAGACUGGCGCUUUUGUAUGGUCAACGGAUACAUGCGAGUUGUUCGCCCAAUUUGAUAUAGAUGACUUCGACAAGUGGAUCAUCAAUAUUGGCAUUGUCCCAUAUUGCUUAUAUUCAACCCCUAACCCUAUCUUCCUUCAACCUUCCGUCUCGGAUGAAUCCUGGCUGAAGUGCCCUUUUUACGACCUCUCGCCUGCCAUGGGGGACGGAAGUACCUGCAAUGAUGUUUAUUCGUCUGCUCUGCCAGCCAUCUGGUUUAACGGGAGAUCAGAACUCGUCCUCCCAUUGGAGUACUCUCCGAUUGCACAAACCUCACAUCACAUCACAAGUGUCGAAGAAACGGAUGAACUGGUAGUUGAUAAUGUUCCUUACCGGAGGGAUACAAGUUCAAUUUUAGCACAGAGCUCGAAGGAAUCCCCGAUCGCCGUUGGAAGAGAGCCCUGGUAUGGUGAUCGAGUCCUGGGGGAAGAUAAUCUUGAUUUGUUUUACCUUCCCCGGGCUAGCAAGGAUGGGACUCGAUUUCUGGUUCAGGGAAGAUUGAAGGCCCCAAUCGUUGUUGAUAUCAAGAGCUGCAGUUCAAGACUUGGAGAUGAGUCGGGUGUUAGCAAUUUUAACGAGCUUCUGGAAGAAUGCAAUGCUGGAUUGUCGUUAGAAGUAGAACGUAAUUUAUCCGGCAAGCUGGGUGGCGGAGAAGGUCUCCAUGUCCUCUCCGGGACCGUAAAACUGAAAAUAAUUUCCCUGAGUGCUCGAUUCGACAUGCAAAUUAGUGAUAACCAGCUCGCGAGCGGCUGCCAGCCCUCAAAGUAUUUUAGCGUGAAUUUUGGCACACUGUUAUUUCUACUUGGGAUUUUGAGGAAAGUGGCCGUGCCAGGAAAGGCAUUUUCUCAGAACUAUGAUCCCUCCGAUUCGUGGAUCGUCUCGUCAUAA